AUGGCAGCAAGCAAAGAGCCAGAUUCUUUAUCCUGCUCGAUUUGCUUGGAUAUACUGAAAAGGCCUGUGACCCUCCAAUGUGGCCACAGCUACUGUAUGGACUGUGUAAAUGCCUACUGGGACCAGGAGGAUCGCUGUGGUGUUUACAGCUGUCCCCAGUGUAGACGCCAAUACACCCCCCGACCUGUGUUGAACAAGAACACAGUGCUGGCUGAUUUGGCAGAGAAAAUGUCCCCAGAAGAACACCACCCAGUGGAUGUGGAGUGUGAUGUCUGCACUGCAAAGAAGCUGAAAGCUGUCAAGUCUUGCCUGGUGUGUCUGGCUUCGUUCUGUGCUACUCAUCUGCAGCCCCACUACGUGUCUGCUGCUUUCAAAAAGCACAAGCUGGUGGAAGUCUCUGCCUCCAUACAAGAAAAGAUCUGCUCUAAGCACGACAAGCUUCUCGAAGUCUAUUGCCGCAGUGAUGGCCAAUGCGUUUGCCUGCUUUGUGGUCUGGAUGAGCACAAAGGUCAUGACACUGUCUCGGCUGCAGCGGAGAGGAAAGAGAAACAAAAACUGUUUGGAAAGAAAAAACUAAGAUACCAACAGGGAAUACAGGAGAAACAGAAGCAGCUGCGGCAGCUGAGACAGAAAAUUAAAACACUGGAGUGUUCUAGAGAUGCAGCUAUGGAUGAAAAUGAGAAGGCCUACACUGAAAUAGUCCAAAUGGCAGAUAAAAGGCGUAGUACUGUGAGAGAGCUGAUCAGAGUUCAGGAGACGGCUGCGGUGAGCCGAGCUGAGGCGCUCGUGGAUCGGCUGGAGAAGGACAUCUCUGAGCUGAGAAAGGGAGAGGAUGAACUGAAGCAGCUGUCUCUCACCGAGGAUCACAUUCAUUUCCUGCAGAGCUGCCAGUCCAUUUUAGACUGUCCAGAACCUGACCAGUGCUCUGAUUUCGACAUCCUUCUACACACACCUUUUGACUUUGUGACAAAGGUUAUUUCUGUUUUAAGAGACAAAAUGGAAAACAUGGCCAGAGAUAUUGCAGACAUUUCUCAGACGUUUCAAGCUGAUCCUGAUCCUGAGACAAGACAGGAGUUCUCCCUUUAUUUCUGCCGCCUCAGUUUGGAUCCCAACACAGCAUUUGAAAACCUUUUGCUCUCUGAGGGGAACAGCAGAGUGACCUGGAUCAAAAAAGCCCAGAAGUAUCCAUAUCACCCAGAGAGAUUUACCAAAUAUGAUCAAGUGUUGUGCACUGAAGGUUUAUCUGGUGUUGGCUACUGGGAGGUUGAGUGGCGAGGGCCCAGGGUCGAGGUCGCUGUGUGCUAUAAAGGGGCAGGGCUGGAUGAAAGUGGCUUUGGAUACACAGAUCAAUCCUGGUGCAUUUCCCUUUCAAAUUUUGGUUGCACCUUUUGGCAUAAUGGAAUCAAAACCAAAGUGUCCCCCCACUGCUCCUCUACUGUAGGAGUGUAUCUGAACCAUAAGGCAGGGAGACUGUCCUUCUACAGCGUGUCUGAUUCUGGUCAAAUGAUGCUCUUGCACAGAGUUCACACCACAUUCUCCCAGCCUCUGUACCCUGGGUUCAUGGUCUGCAGAGGGGCCUCAGCUAGGAUAAUGUCAUCUAAGUAAAGGACAUCCACUGUCCAGGUUGCUCAAAUAAAGCUUCAUUAUAAAA